AUGGAGGAAAAAUUGCGCAAGCAGAAUUCCCGCAAUGCCACAGACGUGCGCCACAGGGUUACCCCCCAUGAAGUGGAUUCGCGAGAGCAAUCUAAGCAGCAGAUUGCCCCCCGUGAGGAGUCUCGCUUUACUCUCUUUGGUUUUGUAAGUGUAUUUCUCAUUUUUGUUCUUGUUGGCGGCCUCACUUGUUCAUUAGUCGUGUGGUCAGGGGUUGUUGUACCACGUUCCUCACCCUCGGCUCCCGCACGCACUGCCCAUUCGGCGCAACAUCCCUCCUCAAGCCAGCAAAAUCCGGAUACAACCUUCACGGAACCUCCAUUACCUACAAUGGCUCCACUGACAGAGCUUAAGACUUCCAUCAUCAAGGCUGGAUCCGGCCCCACAGUGGCAAGGAGCCAACGCGUCACCGUCCACGCAACCGGAUCCGUUUUGCAGGCUGACGGUUCCGCGAAAAAAUUCUGGUCCACGAAGGAUCCAGGCCAGCAGCCUUUUACUUGGCAAGCAGGUCUUGGCCAAGUGAUUGCUGGUUGGGAUCAAGGAGUACUUGGCAUGCAUCUAGGGGAGGCCCGCAUGAUUUACAUUCCAGCUAAGAUGGGGUAUGGAGCCAGUGGUUUUCCUGCUUGGGGUAUCCCGCCUAAUGCUGAUCUGCAAUUCGAGAUCGAAUGCUUGCAGAUUCAGUAG